AUGUCGGCGCCAGCUGAAGGACCUAAAGUGCUCCUCACUGGAGUAUCAGGCUUCGUAGGAUCUCAUGUCCUCGACCAACUCCUAAAAUCCGACCGCAACUACCAUGUCACCUGUGUUAUUCGAUCCAAAGCCAAGACGGAGCCCUGGCUAUCUCGCCAAUUCGCAGAUGAAUUUGGAAAACGCAUUCAUGUUGUCCAAGUCUCUGACCUCCUCGCUCCCGGUUCUCUCGACCAACCCGUGCUGGGCAAAGACUACAUCGUCCACGUAGCAUCCCCUUACGUCCUCAAAGCAUCCAAUAACAAACGCGAUAUUAUCGACCCAGCCCUCAAGAUGACGCAAAACGUCCUUUCAGCAGCCUUAAAAUCUGAACAAGCUGACAAAACCGCCGGUCGCAAACCUCAACUCAAGCGUAUCGUCCUCACCUCCUCUUUCGCUGCUAUUCUCAACCCGCUUCGAGGUAUUGAGAAAAGAGACUACACGUAUACGGAUAAGGACUGGCAACCGAUUCAGUACUCCUUUAUGGCGGAAAAAUCAGUAUGGAACUUCCUCGACCAGCACAAUCCUAGCUUUGACGCUGCAACCGUCAACCCACCACAGAUCUACGGCCCCAUCAUUCACCAAGUCAAAUCCGAAGAGGCUAUCAACACCUCUUCCGCCGAACCCUGGAAACUUUACAAAGCUGGUGGACCCAAUGGAGAUGACGUAGCUGAAAUCCACGUCAAAGCGUUGGACAACCCAAAGGCGUGCAAGACGAGGUACGUCGCUUGUGGUGGAAGUGUAAGCUGGCAGCAAGUGGCCGAUGAGAUACAUGAUAAUCCAGAGUAUCCACAGGAAUUGAAGCAUCACAUUCCGAAGGGUGAACACGGGAAACAACAUCGACCUAAUCCACUGGCAAAAUUGGAUACAAGUAAGGCAGAGAAGGAUCUAGGGAUCAAGUUCAAAGAUUGGAAAGAUUCGGUGAUUAAAGGUUCCCUCUAUAGUUUUGUCGAGAUUGAGAAGAGUUGGGGUCGAUAA